GUGCAAGUUCGAACGACGGCCAUUGUUGUUGUGAGCAAAAUGGCGCCAGAUGGACGGGGCCGAGAGACGCUGAUUUGAAGCUUCCAUUGUGCAACUCUGGGCCACUGCUGCACCCUGAAGACACACGCUAAGUAACCAAAUACCAUGGCAUCCGAGGAGAAGAUCUUGCAGGUGGGGGAGGCGCAGGAGACCCCCCAGGCCAUCACUAUCACCAUCGUGGACCCAUCAGCACUGGGCAGCACCUCCCUGGACCCCUCUUUGGUGGCCCAGGGUGGCGCAGACCAAGGCAGCAUAGUGAUGGUGUCUGGUGCUGAGGACUCAAAGGCCAUCCUGCAGACCGUCACCGAAACACACAUGGGAACUGAAGAAUUGCCGAUCAUCUCUAAUAUUUCCAACCCCGAGGAGGAGGAGAUGAUAGUUCACGAGACAAAGCUUUCCGAGAGUUUUGAUGGGGGGGGAGAGGAAGGAGAGCUCGGGGAUUCCUACGAAGAUGUUGAGGAGCCUUCUGGGCCACACUGCCUGGUGUGUAACAUAGAUCUGACCACAAAUGACAGCGAUGAGCAGGUCCCAGUGUUCAAGACCCAGACGUCCACCACACAGAGGAAGGUUGCUGUCUUCCUCUCUAGCCUUAUUGGACAGAAAGUGACAUCUCGCAAGGCCCACAGUGACAUCUUGUGCCGGCGGUGCUUUAGUCUCCUGGACCGCGUUGAUUCCCUGGAGGUGGAGAUCCGGGAGACAAAGGAGGAGAUCAUCAACAAGUACCAGGAGACAGUGUCAGUGUACGGAGGGCGAGCGAGAAGGAUAAAACCUGCCACUGCAAAAAAGCCUGACUAUGUGUUCCCCAAGGUUGAGCCGGAGGAUGAAGCCGACCAGCUGUUAGACAUGGAACUGGACGGGAACUUUGAGCCGCAGGUAGAGGAUCUGAUGGAUGAGGACCCGAGCCUCCAGGAUGACGACUGGGAGCCAAAGUUCAAGAGGCCAAGGAUAAAGAAAGAAAGUACAAGUAUAGGUGUAUGUGAGAGCAGUGACCCUCCAAAGAGGAAGCGAGGGCGACCCAGAAAGGACCUCACCAAAGCCAAGGAGUUGGAUGGUGAAGGCUGUAUAGCAGCUGGGGAAGAUCGCCUUGGCUGCUCAGGAAAGAUGGAAACUGAGACUUGUAUCCACUGUGAGGAGGAAGUUCCUACCACGCAGCUGAUGAAUCAUGUGCAAAAUCAUGAAAAUAAACAGUAUUCGUGUCCAUUUUGUCCACAUAUGGCUGCUCGUCUUUCAUUGUCUCAACACCUUCAGGAGAAACACCAAGAAAAUUUUCUGACAUGUAGCAAAUGUUCAUUGAAAUUUAUUGAUUCAAAGUGUCUUGAUGGCCAUCGCUUGACUCAUAUAAAUGGUGACUACCCUUGUGAAAAUUGUGAUGUUAAGUUUGGAACUAGUAGUGAACUAUGCAACCAUAGAAAUUUAGAACAUAAAUAUAAAGAAGGUGAAGAAAAUAGCUGCCCUCUUUGUAAGAAAAUAUUUCAUGUGAGAUCAAAGUUUGUAACACACAUAAUUAAGUUCCACAGAGGUAAAGUUCAAAUUGAUGGGCUUGUUUGGGGGAGCAGAGGCUCUUUAGUGUGUGAUGUGUGUCAAAAGGUCUUCAAGAAAGCUUCAUUGUAUUUAGCUCAUGAAAAGACACACAAAAGCAAGACACUUUGUUGUCAUUAUUGUGAGAACACGUACUCAUCACAAGGCCUGCUGCAAGGCCACAUCCUUACCCAUCUAUUUGGAGAUUAUGGUUGCAGUGAGUGUAGUGUCAAAUUUGCAUCAAAACACCAGCUUGGCCUACAUGAAGGAAAGGUGCACAGGUCGGCAAUGAGCAAAACAUGUGAAUACUGUCAUAAAGAAUUUCGUGACCAGAUGAGGUUGAUCUGCCACAGACGGAAGGACCAUCCUGAAUCAGAAGAGUCACACAAGGCCAAGUAUUGCUGCUCUGAGUGUGGCAUGAAAUUUGCAAUGAGAGGCAACCUUGUCAGACAUUUCCGUGUCCAUGAAAGGGAUAAAAAUGCCAAACCACCCAUUUGCAAUGUGUGUGGUAAAGUUCUGGCAAACAAAUAUUCUCUAGCAACUCACAUGAGGACUCAUUCCAGGGACACGUAUAGUAAAUGUGAUAUUUGUGAUAAGGCUUUUGUGUCAAAGUAUACUCUUAUUGAUCACAUGAGGAGAAUUCAUGAGGAGUUUGGAGCAGAAAGGGACAAAGUGUGUGAGCAGUGUGGCAGAAGUUUUUUCACCAAUACUGAGUUAAAGUAUCACGUCAAAAGCCACACUGGUGAGAGGCCUUACAGGUGUGACAUGUGCGGGGAAACCUACCUGUCGUCCUCGGCUCUUAGGUACCACAUGCAGAAACAUUCCAAUAUUAUGUUUGUGUGUCCAAAAUGUAAAGCAGAAUUUGAAAAUUAUGUCGGUUGGAGUACUCACAUGAAACGAGUGCAUGGCAUAACUCGGGUGAGGGAUUACACGAGGCAGCACGGCGUCUUGCAGGUCGUCAUGAGCAAGGAGCCUCCAUCGUAUAGCGAUGGACAAAAUGAUAUAGACAGUUCCUUAACACAUUUGAUUAAAAAGAACAGUGAGAGUGCGCCAACUUUAGCUGUCGGUCUUGAGGAAACUGUUGUGAGCGUGCCUGGAAAGACCAGCGAUGUGAUCCAGGUGGUGACCUAUAAUGAUGCAGCUAAUCCUCUUGUUCACACUGUAAAUGCCACCGAGGUUGGCCUGAGUCACCCCAGAAGUGAGGAUACUGAUAUGUCACAUCCAAAUCUGCCGUCAGAAACAGGACUAGGAAAAAAUCACAUGGCACCUAUAAUUGAGGACGAAUGGGAAAUUAUUCUCCCCGAGGGCUGUGAGGAUGUGUCUGUUAUUUCUGAGGAGUGGGCAGGCAGAGAAGCUGUAUCUCAGGGAGGGCCCCACCAAUUUGUGUUGACAGGAGAGUGGGAAGGGAGCCAGCUCAUUGUGGCGGAGGAAGGGGAGGAGUCUCGAGUGGGGAUGACAGGAUGGAAAGGUGUUGAGCAUUAGUCUUUGCUUUAUUCCCACUUGUGGAAUGGAAGUCAAUUUUAUAUUGGAACUAAUGUCAUCCUUAUUUAAUGUUUCCGGUGAAAAAAAUGUAUUUAUAUACGCAAUUUAAGAAAACUGGAAUGAAAGAUAUUCAGAACCAAAGAGUAUUCUCUUGAAUGACAGUUUUAUCAGUAACUUCAAAGAUGUGAGCAGCAUGAAGAGAGGCCUUAUUUCAGUAAGCCAUCUAAUGGGACCUGUCACUUACCAAGUUCAGUAUUAAUUGAGGUUAAACAUUUCCUGAUUUCUUACACUUGUUAAAUCGUUCCUAUUUUUCUUGCUUUCUUUACUGAAAACCUAUGGAUAAAAUGUAUUUCCUUAAAUGCAUAAUAUUAUGUAUUAAUUUCCAUUUUGGAAAGGAAGCAUCUCAUGUGGAUGCAAAACAUUUUAUAAUACACAUUACUUCCUCUUAUAGAGGUGGUGCUUAUGUGUGAUAUGUAUAUAUGGUAUCAAUUAUUUAUGUAAUGGGUACAUAAUAAAUAUGGCAAGUA